UAGGCAUUUUGGUUUCUUCCAUAUAUUUUCAUUGUUUUGUUGUAAAGGGUGAAUAUAAAUUAGUUUAAAAUGUCUGCAAAGCGGGUGUAGUUACAGAGGCGCAGUGUUGAAUGUGGUCCAUUAAUUUUAAACAAACUAGCUAGCUGGAGAAGGGGAGACAUUGUUAAGGUCUGUGUUGUGACCAUAUCUUUAAUGUUGCAGAGCUUUGAGGGUCUUUGUGAAGAGAGCCAUGUGGAAAUUUGUGAAUGUGUCUCCUUUAUAAUACAGACUAUUUUCGCCCACCUGACUAAUCCGGGGCAUGCGGCCAUGUUGGAGGGGUUCACUCCACUGACACGCCGUUCACUCGAUCGCUUUUCCAUACAGACCUGAGUUACACAAAUGUUUGUAUGACUGUUAAAAGUGACGCAUGAUGGCUAAAAAGACUUUGGAAAGUUAUUGGGGCUCAUCAUCAAUUCAAGAAACCGUUAUGACAAGAAGUGUGCUUUGAUCGACAAUAUCGACCCAUAUGCCUUGGAGAAACACAAAUGGAGCAAGAAUUUCGAACUGUGGGCGUCGGUAACCUAUCCAGACAUUAUCAACUAUCUCUUCUUCUCGACACGCGCUUAUAACAUGAACCACCUAAAGAAUGACAGAGGUCUGGAGGCCUACAACCAAUUCAUCAAUGGCUGGGUUCGUGAUGCGGUGGUAUCCAUUGUAAGCAACCUGUGUCUCCACACUGCUAAGCUCCUCAGAACAAUGCGUGUCCACCUGACAUUCCAUGUGAGCCUGUUCAAGCCGGCUUGGUCAUCCCUGUUGGUCCCUCCGGCCGAUCCGUUGAUUGAGGCCUGGUUUACUCGGUGCGCCGGCUCCUGUUGUCCCGCUGCCGGGGGAGGAGUAUCCAGUAUCUGGUGGACUAGGAGGGUUAUGGUCCCGAGGAACCAUCAUGGAUCCCUGUCCCAGUUCGUGGUCGAUCCCAAUCUCAUCAGGGACUUUCACGCCUCCCACCCUGAGCCGUCUGGGGCCGGCCGUUAAGGGGGUUGUACUGUCAUUCUCCUGCCGGUCCCUGUCCUGGCUGUGCUGUUCCCUGUCCUGGCUGUCCCGGACACAGCACACACGUGGAGCAAUCAGUGAGGCGCACACCUGCGUUCCCCCUUUAUUAGAACAGAUACAAAUAGGACACCUCAUACGCCAGAUACGCCAAAUGCCAGAUCAUUGCAUCAUGCCUCAUUCCCGCCCUCUUGUGAUUCCGUUCCUGAUCUCCUGUGUACCGACCCCUGUCUCCCCACUAACCUGCCUCCUACGCCUGACGUCCUUGUUACUGCUGGUCCCGCUGAUUGCCUGCCUGAUCCCCGACACUGGACUGAAUGAAUACGUUUAAAUACGAACUGCCUCUACGUCUCCCAAGUCAUGCAUUUGGGUCCAACCCCAUGUUCUGGUUGUGACAUGAAGCCUAAAAUGUGGCAAAAGGUUGAAAAGUUCAAUGGGGCCGAAUACUUUCACAAGGUACUGUGUGUGCGUGCGUGCGUGCGUGCGUGCGUGCGUGCGUGUGUGUGUGUGUGUGUGUGUGUGUGUGUGUGCGUGUGAGGCAGUGGUAUCAGAAUACAAGAUUUUAUUGCAGAGUCUGACGUAGAACAAUAUUGAAAGAGGACAUUUGUUUUGUAUUCUGAUCCGUGUACUGUUGUAAUCUUAGUCCCAAAUAUGUAAAGUAUAAAUACUGUUUACAUAUUUUAAUCAUUCUGGUAUCCAGAUACACAUUUGUGAAAAUUCCCCAUGUCCUACUUUGCGAUUUUUCACAUUUUGUGUGUGUGUGUGGAGGGGGGGGUGUUCUGGUCCCCAUUAACCCCGAAAAACGAGGGAUUACGAGAGGCUGCUUACAAGCAAAUAACGUUGUUUGCUUGUAUCCACCCAUCCGGUUAGUUUGGAUGCAUUUUUCUUUAAAUUGCCAAACAAAAUGGAUCCAAAUUCUAUCUGACAAAGGUGAAGGUAUCACAAUCCACUCUGACUUUGACGUUUUUGAGAAAGAAGAAAUAUACAGCCCACACCACAAGAUGCAAACCACUCAUCAGUAAAAAGAUUAGAUUUUUGAAAGAAGUACAGAGAUGAGCCACAUACGCUUAGGAACAAAGAUUCAUGGACUGAUGAGAACAAUGUUAACCUCUAUUAAAGUGAUGGAAAAGUCAAGCUGUGGGGCAGGAAAGGAUCUUCUUAUGAUUCAAAACACAGAAACUCAUCUGUUUAGCAUGGUGGAGGUAAUGUCAUGGCUCGGACUUGCUUGGCUGCUUCUGAAACGGGAUCACUCAUUUUUAUUGAUGAUGUAAAUCAUGAUGGUGGCAGCAGGAUAAAUUCUCAAGUCUACUAAACCAAUUUGUCUGGCAUGUUGACAGAUUUUAGGUGUUGUUUUGGCUCGCUGUGCCUUUUUUUUUCACGUUUUCAAUACUUUUUCUGUGUCAUUCUAUGAUUACAUACAACUUCAUCCCUCAUGUUAUUUGUUGGACUCUCUUUGUAUGUAUGGAUUACUUGGGUUGUUCCAAGCAUCUGAUGAAAAUUUUGUAAUUAGCACCUCUGGAAUCUGUAUAUUUCGCGACAAAAAUGGUGACGUGUUAAAUACUUAUUUCAGGCACUGUAUAUAUGUAUAGGAUUGAUUGGUGUUGCAGAUUUGUGUAACAAAAAACCCUGUGGUUAUUUGUAUUUUCUAGAUUAUUCAUACAUGAACUUCGAUAAACGGGUGACACAACAUGAUAAAACAUUAUUUUCGCAAUCAUAUCUCACCCUAUUAUUGAAAACAAGCAAUCAACACACUUCUGUCAGUUAACCACCAAUGAAAACCUGUGAUAUAAUGCAGGAUGUUUAUUUUGUUGCACAUGACAAUAACUUUGUGCACAUACAAUAGAUGUUCUUUUCCAACUAAGCAAGUGAGGUUUUUUUGUUGUUGUUGUUGUCUGCACCAUACCAGAUGUAAUGUUGCGUAAUUCCCGCGUGCCACAGUACAGUUCCAACGCGUCAGUCAGCACAAAAAAAAAACAGGUGAGCUUUCCCAGGUCAUGAUUUUGGUCCGGGUGAUGUGAUUGUUGUUGUUCUUCAUCAUCAUCAUCGUCGUCAUCAUGUGAGGCUUCUUACACCUUAACUCGAAAAAGGAGGUGGUCUCUGACUGUGACGGAUAACAAACACCCACCCCCCACCCCCCCGCACUCCAACCCACCCCCGAGCCCUCCUUCAUUUAGAUUGGACACAUCUUCGUGGUCAGGUUCUGACAGCUCAUGGCCUCAUCUUAUAUAAGUCACAACAUGAGGUCCCAAAGCCUCACACUGCACUUGCCUGGGAGGACUGCUAGAACAUUCGUUUUCACAAGUUAUCUCUCAAAGAGCACUAUGGAGCACGUACAGCGUGUACCCCGCCUCUGGCUGAAAAUAAGAUGGGAUAGACUCUAGCUCACCUGCGACAUUAAUGAGGUCAAGCGCAACAGAAAAUUGACUGCAACAACACCGUGGAGCCAUACUAUUUUAUUUUUCAUACUCUGAUCGUGACUAUCCUGCAGUUAAUAUAAUAUAUUAAGCAUGUUUUGGAACACUUGUGUGGACUUUGUGACUUUAUUAAACCCACUCAGGUGAAAUGACACUGUUUAGCAGUCCAUCUGACAAAAAGCAGAGCUUGUAGCUUAAUUACGCAGGUUUUGUAUGCACAUUUUUAAAAAACAAAAAACAUCAAACCAUAUGUCAAACAUUAUGGAACACCUCAGGGGACAUGGAAGAAAAUAAAUAAACAAAGUUCUGAAUAAAGCCAGACCUCGCAAAUUUUUCAACCUUAAAUGUUUGGUGUUUUUUUUUUUGUUUGUUUCUUUGAUGGGAGUAUUUUGAAAGAAAAAAAAAAGUGUCUACAAAACCUUUUGAGGUGAUGAGCUAAAGACAAGGAAAGAUGAUGCUACAUUAUAGUGCAGAUAAAGAUAAAAAUGUGGAUCCAGGAUUUUAAUUGGUUGACAUUAAGUUGAAUUUGUACAUCACCCCUUGAUUUGAAUCCUAUGAACUAGUGCGCAGCACCAUGACACAGUUUUGGAAGGAACACUCCAAGGAGGCCACAGUGCAGGAGAUGAUGCUGGAUUCGUCUGCCAUUGAGCUGACUCAGCAAGAAUUGCCCGAAAUUCUGUCCAUGCUGCCCUCUCUGGGUGGAUAUAGAGUGCUGGAACUGGGGGCUGGCAUAGGUCGAUACACCAGCCAUCUGUUGAAACGGGCAGACCACGUGACCGCCGUGGACUUCAUGGAGAACUUCGUGGAGAAGAACAGGCAGAGCAACGGGUACCACAAAAAUGUUACCUUCAUCCGAGCUGAUGUCACAAAGCUGGAGUUCCCUCCAAACAGUGUUGACUUUAUAUUCUCGAACUGGCUGCUGAUGUACCUCAGUGAUGAGGAGAUGCAGAUGUUGUUAAAGAAAAUGCUGAGGUGGUUGCGGCCUACCGGCACACUUUUCUUCAGAGAAUCAUGUAACCACCGUUCAGGUGACUGUAAAAGGGAGUUCAACCCCACAUGUUACCGCACUGAGGCUCAUUACAAUCACCUGACCAAAUCAGUCCAAGUGGAGGAUGAACCAGAGGGUCAGAAGUUUGGCUUUGAGACCGUGCUCAAGAAGCGUGUCAAAACGUACAUUGAGUUGAAGAACAACCCAAAUCAGAUCUGCUGGUUGUUGGAAAAGGUUGCACGUUCUUCAGACACAAAGGAGACAUUCAGCACCUUCCAGACGUUCCUGGACAACAAGCAGUACACUAGGCGGGGCAUCCUGUGCUAUGAGAAGAUGUUCGGGGCGGGUUAUGUCAGCACAGGCGGGGCCAAAACCACUAAGGAAUUUGUUAAUCUGCUAAACUUGCAACCUGGCCAGAAGGUUCUGGAUGUUGGCUGUGGUAUCGGUGGAGGUGCCUUCUACAUGGCAAAGACAUUCGGAGUGGAGGUGCUUGGCUUGGACCUCUCAGAGAACAUGGUGGACAUUGCUAUGGAGAGGGCGCUCGCUGAGAGGCUGCCACUGGUCGAAUUUGAAGUUGCCGAUGCCACUAAGAGAACGUUUCCGGAGGGUUUGUUUGAUCUUAUCUAUAGCAAAGACACAAUCCUCCACAUUGCAGACAAGCUUGCUCUCUUCAAACGUUUCCAUUCAUGGUUAAGGCCUGGGGGCCAGCUACUUAUCACUGACUACUGUUGCGGGGAGAAGCCAUGGACCCCCCAAUUUGAGGCUUAUGUCAAGCAGCGGGGAUACAUCCUCUACACACCAGCACAGUAUGGAAAGUUCAUUCAGAACGCUGGCUUCACCAACGUGCAAGCAAAGGACCGCACUGCCCAGUUUAUCCAAGUCAUACAGGAAGAGCUGCAGAGAGCAGAACAAAUCAAGAGUGAAUUUAUCGAGGAAUUCUCUGAGGAGGACUAUAGCGCUGUAGUGAACGGCUGGAGGGAAAAAUUGGAGCGUUCUAACAAUGGAGAGCAGCGAUGGGGCUUCUUUUAUGCAAGGAGCUGAGUGAUUGCCUCUCAUUGAAUAGUAAAUAAACGAGCCGGUGUGGCAGGUGGAAAAACUUUUUCUCUGUCGUAUUUCCUGAUGAUUAAUCAAUGGCAAGGCUAUGGUGACUCCCAUUUGACGAGUAAAUAAAUAGUACCGUAGCAGAUCCAGAAGGCCGAUAUAUAAUCAUGCAGGCUACAAUAUUUAACACACUUUACACAAUUGUCAAUGUAUAUGCUCCUAAUAAAGAUGAUCCAGCUUCGUUUCACAUGCUCUUUUCACACUUGUUAAACUUGUCAGCUAUUUCUAUUUCUAAUGAUAACGGGAGAUGAUUUUAACAUAAUACGAAAUCCCAUAAUAAAUUGGUCAACUUUCAAAAACAGCUGCAAUGCCCCAGUAAAGUAGGGAAGCAUAUGGAUCACGUUGGUCUUGUUGACAUACAAAAAAUGUACAAAUAAAGGAUACACAUUUUUCCA